AUGCAGCACCACCACCACUCCGCUUCCCUCCCCUCUCUCAAACUUCCCCGAACGCUUUCCAAGCCGGCCUUCUCAGAGGUCAGCCGAGACGCGAUCUGUGCGGUCGAACCCAACCUCGCCACCGUGCCUUUCGAGUACAUCCGAAAGGGUCUCUGGGCUCGCGCAGAGGAACUCACCAGCUCUCUGUCACGCGUACCUAUCCCACAAACGAUGCCAACGCACCAUCUACCCCCGUCGUUCGAGUUCCCGUAUUCCCCAUCCAACCCCACAUGCAUCCUCGCCAUUACAUCCCCCUCUUCUACAUCCAACAUGGCCUUCCUAGUCCCUGCCCACCACAUGGUGCUCGUCGCCAACUGUGCAGGCUUCCCUCGUCUCCCACCCCCACGUAUGCAACCACGAUCGAACGGCUUGGUACCCACCCCUGUCAUCCCCGUUCAAGUCCCAGAAGAGCACGCCUUCAUCGCCAUCCAUACCUUCCUCGUCUCGCGCCGGCUGGAACGGCUCGUGCAUCAGAUUCUUCCCGUGCCCAUGCAGAUGAUCACCCUCUCCUCCGGUCGUGCCGGGAGCUCUUCCGCUGGCCCGCUAGCGCAUCUCUCGGCGGCACAUUUCGCGACGUACUUAGCGCAAACCGCGCAAGGCGACAGGGUUAGCGCGUUGAUGGGCCUGGCGAAGUUCGCAACCAACGUCUGGAGGACGGCGUGUUCGUUGGGUGUUUAUGAUAGGGAUCUCUGGGCCGCGAUGGACUUCUCGUGGGAGGUCAUCCUGGGCGCGUUGAACAUGGUGCUGUCGGGACAGGUGUAGAUCGCCUGGUCCUCGUUCCCAAAACUUCUCCGGUUUCUGCGCUAGAUAAAAGGAAGGAUCGGUCUCCUCCAAUUGUAUGUUUAUUCUAAUCAUUUCGCUUUGGGUUCUCUGUUUCGCAUCUUGUUUAUACCUCCCUAUCGUCACCUUCCUAUUCACUCUAAAAGGUUCUGCUUUCCUGCUUUUUUCUCCCCUGUUUUGCUCGCAAUAUUUCCUUUCUCGACAGCAACAUCUUUCUCCACUGCUUCAUCAUCUGCUUCGGCUUAUUCCCUUACAAUCUUGACCGGACGGAUACCAUCUACCUUACGUCUGUCGUCGCCUCUGUAAUCUAGUCGUUCCUCCUUUCUGCAGCAUCUUCCCUUCUCCUCCCCUUCUCCCAAAACAUACCAGUUAACCUUACUACCUUCGUGGAACGAACUGUGUUUGUCGCUUCGCUUUUACAACUCUUGUCUAAUAGUGUACAAGCCGCACUGUAGCAUGUACACCACUCGGACCAUUCAUCGACAUCACCAUUCUCCUAUCCACCGUCCCUAGUUCUACCCUUCCCUACUUCCUUACUCACAUCGCUUUCGGAACACAUAUUGUAUGUAUCGCUUACCGUCAAGAUCGCUGCGCGUCGUCUGUUUU